UCGCCCCGAUCUGCGUGGGUGCGAGGGAGAGAUUGCUUACAGUGGUGCUGCCAGAGAAAAUCUCCCGAUGGCGGCUGGAUGUAGUCGGUUCAGCUACCACGCAACGCGCAUUUCGCUUGUACUCGUUCCAAAAUUAUUUUUUAAAAUCUACCACCGAGCAGUUGCUUUUGAUAAAAAGUCUUCGCUAUUUUACACAGUUAUUUUUUAGUAAACUCCGUGGGUCUGAAUAAUUGAAAAAUCCUAAUCUAAUGUUCGAACGAGAGGUCAAAUCUGUGGUUAUCAGUGCGGGAGUAUCAGAGUCAGUUGUUGAUAGAAAAAGUGAUAGGAGGAAGGAGCUGUGAGUGUGCAGUAGGUGUCGAUAUGUGAAAAAAAUCAACCCUUAGUUUGUGGGCUAACGAGAACGCAAGUGUGGGGCGAAGGGCAGGAAGAAAGUCACCCUAAAAAUUUAGCACCAACUUUUUAGUGUUAAUUUAUAACACUGUAAUCAUUUUUAUGGAAAUAGUUAACAGUUUUUAAUGGAGACGAUUUAAAGACCCGGCUAAAUUUAUAAUCGAAAAAAUUAAAUCCAGUGAUUUUAUUUUUAUUUUAAUUUUAUUACAGAAAAAAAAUAGUUGUUAGUGGGAAGUGCCUUGAUAUAAAUCGUGGAAUAUAUCAGUGAUUGAUUAAGGCCUAUCGGUGAAUAGGGGGCAGAAGAGAAGAACCACUCUUUCGGACACAGGCUGUUGAGAAACAUAAAUGGUCGUACGCAAAAGGGCUUCCCACCUGUAACCGCUCGAUAGAGCCGUCGGGUAGUAAAGCAGUCUUGCUGUACUGAUACUCUACCUGAUGCCUGAAGGCUCUAAGAAUCCCUUGGGGUAUCGGCGAAGCCCUAAAACGGGCACUGCUUUGCUUGAUUAAUCAUGGAGGAUUAAUUACUAUGCUGGGUUUUGUGAAUUUACUUAUUCAUCCUAUUUAUAGUUGUAGGAGGGAUUAUUGUUGUUAUUUUUGGCUGUGGUUGUUAGUUGCUAAUAAGUGAUAUUAGCGGGUGAUUAAUAUGCAUCAGGAGCUUAAAUCGACAGACGAUAAUGAUUAAUUUACAGCUGUGUCUCAGGAAGUCGGGGUGCGUUAGAAACCCAAGACACCUAGACGAAGCCCUUGUUAUUCCUCUUCUAUCGCUCUGGAUUAUCGGAUCCUUUUGCGUUAAAGAUAUCCCCAUAUCUCACGUGGUGGCAAUCGUCGGGGACCCGACAUACCUGCCCUGCGACAUAUCCACGAGCGAUGAGGGCGACUCUGUCCACUUGGUGCUUUGGUACCGCGAGGACCUCGGAGCUUCUGUCUACAGCAUCGACGCCCGGGACCGGGACUUCGACAUCGCGGAGCGAUGGUCCGAUGACGCGGUCUUCAGCAACCGGGCGUACUUCCGCCCCGACAAGAAGCCAGCGGAGUUGGGGGUCGACAGGAUCCGCGAGGAGGACGCCGGCAUUUAUCGAUGUCGCGUGGACUUUCGCCUCGGGCAGACCCGUAACUCUAAAGUCAACCUAACAGUGAUAGUUCCGCCAAAAAAGGUCGUCAUUAUUGACGAGAACGGCAUCACCAGGGACAAACAGGUCGGGCCGUACCUCGAGGGUGACGACCUGGAAUUACAUUGCGACGUUUACGGCGGUAAGCCGCCGCCAUCGGUAACCUGGUACCGCGGUCAUAAAUUGAUCAGUAACAAACCAGAGGUCAUGAGAGAGGGUGUGCUCCGCAGCACGAUUAUAAUAAAAAAUUUAGGACGCCGAGACGUCCAGUCCGAGCUGACAUGUAGCGCAAACAAUAAUAACAGAUCUAUACCCUUAUCUGCUACCGUCCGGAUCGACAUGACCUUCGGGCCAUUGGAUGUAAAAAUAAUCGGCGCAAACCAGCCUCUAUCAUCGGACAAGAGAUACGACCUGGUGUGUGCUACAUCGGGUUCACGACCUCCAGCGUUGGUGACUUGGUGGCGGGAUGGCCAGCGCCUGAACGACUCAAACGAGACGACGUCGAACGACGGCAACGUGACAACCAGCGUCCUGUCAUUUGUCCCGAGCAAAAGCGACGCUGGCAGACACUUAUCGUGCCGAGCAGAAAAUCCGAUAAUGGGAAUGGGCCCAAUAGAAGACGAGUGGGUGCUGGAGAUCCAGUACAGACCGGAGACGCGGAUCCAAUUGGGAACCUCUCUGAACAGGAACGCGAUUCGCGAAGGCACCGACGUCUACUUUGACUGCCUGAUAAACGCCAAGCCGGGGGUUUAUAAGGUCGAGUGGCGGCAUGACAACCGCACUCUCCAGCACAACACCACUCUCGGGAUAAUUAUAAGCAACCAGAGCCUGGUUCUCCAGGGCGUUGAGAGGAGGAGCGCCGGGAACUACACUUGUGUCGGGUUUAACACCGAGGGCGACGGCGAGAGCAAGCCCUUCCACCUAAACGUAAUGUUCGCGCCGACGUGCAAGCCCAACCAGACGAAAAUCCACGGAGUGGCCAAGCAGGAGAAGGCCAACAUUUCCUGCCAGGUCGACGCUAAUCCGCCGGUCGUGGAAUUCCGGUGGACGUUCAACAACUCGGCGGAGAGCAUCGACGUCGCUGCUGGUCACAUCAUCAAGUCUGGCACCUCUUCCGUCGUUUCGUACACGCCCAUGACCGAGUUGGAUUACGGGACUCUCCUCUGCUGGGCAAACAACGCGAUCGGGAACCAGCUGGUGCCUUGCGUCUACCACAUAAUACCCGCCGGACACCCGGACAUGGUCCACAACUGCACCACCCACAACGCCUCCACCAGCUCCUUCUCUCUGAGGUGCACUGAGGGCUUCAACGGCGGCCUCCAGCAGUCCUUCCUUCUGGAGGUCCGGGAGAGCAACUCCCAGGAAAUCCGCGCCAACUUGACCUCCAGCACUCCCCAGUUCAGUGUCAGCCAUCUCGAGCCCGGGCUACUCUAUCAUGCCUGUGUUUACGCGUUCAAUGAAAAAGGCCGCAGCGAGCCCAUGGUCGUCCAAGCCGGCACCCUCAGGCUACCCGAGAAGCAGUUGACUUCUGAAACAGCCGGAAAAUCAAGAGAACGGCCGCGCCAUCACGUAAAAUUGACUCCAAUGCUGAGUGUGAUGAUCGGGGUGGUGGCGGCCCUGGUAAUAGUAGCAGUAAUCGUAAUGAUCGUACUGAGAAUACAAAAUGGGAACCCAGACGACCAGGGAAAGCCGCAUCUGGAAGAUCUUGACAAGAAUACAAAAGUAAUACCAAUCCAACGAGAACUUAGAUUCCGUGAGGGAUGUAAUUUACUUGUCGACGAGAAACACACUACCGGCACGUUUGGAAAAUCGCUUGAGGCCAGCGCCGGCGAAUUGAGCGAGACCGACGAUAAGAAUCCUGAUAUAAUCCCCCAACAAGUUGCCAAUUUUCCUCGCCAAGCCGCUGCAGAAGAGCCCUCGGAUUACGUGAGGAAAAGGCGUCUCCAGGCGGUAUCUACUAUAGACACCUCGCCCUCUCGAAGUCUUCUGGAGCAGCCGCCGCUCCAGCAACAAGCCCUUGCAGGCCAUGGGAAUUACGUCGGUUACUGUACCAUACGAAGUGGUAUGCCAUUACGUGAACUAUCCGCCUUAACGUCAAGUAAACACAAGAGCUUUCAGCCGAUGAUGAACAACCAAGUGUACGAAACAGGAAUGUGUACCCUGCCUCGACAGCACUGGCCAAGUCCAGGGAUUUCGCAUCACCAGUCAAUGACGAUGACUAUGAAUCCGCCAGUGUUGUACACCGGUCUCGGGGUCCUAAGGACCUGCCCGAGUGCAACGAUCCUCACGAAGGACCACGAAGCGCCGGCAUCGCGUGUGAUGGUUCCUCAGCAGAGGUGCGUGCAAACUUCCUCAGCCUCCUCGAAGGACUCCUCCGGCAUGCCAAUGGCCCAGGGCUCGGUCACCAAGAGGGAGAGCUCCGUGUGACCUACUACCCUUAAUUUAAAUUUUAACUUUAAUUUAAAUCUUAACAGGAUUGAAAUCUCUCGCUCGUCAGCCUUACAUUUAUCCAGAAUUAUUUAUUUUAUCGUUGGCACAAGUUUUUAAUCGCCACCUCAUCAACUGUUCAGACUGUACAAAACUGCGACGAUCGAUUUAUUUCGCCAUACACGUACACGUACACAAAACACCCUCUACUCACCCUACUCCGCUCCUCGACACACAAAGUAAUACCUACACCCACUAUUAAAAUAAUAAUAAUAAAAAUAACAACAGAAUAAUACAAACACCAACUACAAUUACAACAAAAGAGACCCAGCAUCAACCAACUAACUAACCAACUAUUUUUUUGCCUCUCUACGUUCGAUCAAGUGCCCUUUUUACAUAUUUACAAAGGACUUAAUCAACUACUUUCGUCGGGACACUUGUCGUGUCAUUUUUUAUUAUCAAUUAAUGAAAAUAAUAAUAAUAAUAUUUAUAAUAAUUGUAAUAUUAACUCAAAACGAGGGAAAUUUUUAUGAGAUUGAAGACGAUAAUUAGAUGAAGCUAACACAGUUGAAAAA